AUGGCGCGGGUGCUGAUCGUGGGCGCCGGGCCGACCGGCAGCCUGUGCGCUGCGCUGCUGCGGAGAGAGCUGCCCCAGCGCCCGCUGCGCAUCGUGCUGUGGGACAAAGCCCGAGGAGCAGGAGGAAGAAUGACUACAAGCAGGAGCCCGCAUAACCCUCGCUGUACAGCGGAUCUGGGAGCACAGUACAUAACGCUUCGACCCGCCUAUGCCCAAAAGCAUCAAAGCUUCUACGAGGACCUUUUGGCCCAUGGUGUGUUGAAGCCAUUGACUGCCCCUGUGGAAGGAAUGGUGAUGGAAGAAGGAUCUCACAAUUUUGUGACACCUCAGGGAAUCUCUUCAAUUGUCAAGCAUUAUUUAACAGAGUCAGCAGGUGCAGAUGUCUUCUAUGAACACCAUGUAACACAGAUCUACCUCAGAGGGGGGAAAUGGGAGGUCUGCAAGAAAACAGGAUCCCCAGAACAGUUUGACAUAGUUGUUCUCACAAUACCUGUUCCACAGAUUCUUCAACUUCAAGGUGACAUUGUGAACAUAAUUAAGGAAAGUCAAAAGCAGCAACUGGAAUCUGUGAGCUACUCCUCUCGUUACGCUCUGGGACUCUUUUAUGAAGCUGGCACAUGGAUUGAUGUCCCCUGGGCUGCACAGUACAUCACCAAUAAUCCCUGCAUACGCUUCAUCUCCAUCGAUAAUAAGAAGCGCAAUAUAGAGUCUUCUGAAUUUGGGCCAUCUGUUGUUGUGCACACCAGUGUACCAUUUGGAAUUGCACAUCUAGAAUGGGAUAAGGAAAAGGUGCAGCCGAUAAUCCUGGAUCAUCUGGAAAAUAUUAUGCCAGGUCUGCCUAAACCAACUAGCAUCAAGUGCCAGAAGUGGAGAUACUCUCAGGUUACAAAAGCCAUCCCCAGUUGUCCAGGACAAAUGACUCUUCACAUCAAACCUCUCCUGGUGUGUGGGGGCGAUGGAUUUACUCAUUCCAAUUUUGACGGGUGCAUAGAUUCUGCCAUAUGUAUUGUCGAGGCUUUAAAGACUAAUUUAUAAAGCGGUCUACAUAUAGUUUUAGUUCUAUGGUGAAAUUUAUAGCCUACAUUUUACAUUAGAAAAAAACAUCAAAAAUUGCUUAUAUCUGUUUGAAUGGAAAUAAAUGUUGAG